GUGGACUCCUGCCUGGGGUGGUUGCAGCUGCGAGUCCAACAUCAUCGAGCUUCAGCUAUACGGUCGCUCAUCUUUCACUCCUCCACCCAAGAUCCUCAACGGACCGCAUACCAGUUCGCCCACCAUAUCCAAACCUCUCUCGUAUCUAAUUAGCAGCAAUGGCUGAUAGAUACUCCUUCUCCCUCACCACCUUCUCGCCCAGCGGCAAGCUGGUGCAGAUCGAGUAUGCGUUGAACGCUGUCAACCAGGGCGUCACAGCGCUCGGCAUCAAGGCCACCAACGGAAUUGUCCUCGCAACCGAGAAGAAGUCCUCAUCGCCCCUCGCCGACCCCUCCUCCCUGUCCAAGAUCAGCCUCGUCACCCCCAACAUCGGCAUGGUCUACUCAGGCAUGGGCCCUGAUUACAGAGUUCUUGUCGACAAGGCGCGGAAGGUCUCGCACACCGACUACAAGCGCAUCUACAACGAGUACCCUCCCACCAGGAUAUUGGUCCAGGAUGUCGCGCGGGUCAUGCAGGAGGCCACCCAGUCGGGAGGUGUGCGGCCGUACGGUGUGUCCCUGCUGAUCGCCGGGUGGGACGAGGGGAUCCUGCCCGAGGAAGAGGUGGAGAAGGCGGCCAAGUCGAUCGAGGGCGAGGGUGGGGAGAAGAAGAUUUCGGGCAAGACCGGCGGCAUCCUCAAGGGCGGCCCAAUGCUGUACCAGGUCGAUCCGUCAGGCAGUUACUUCCCCUGGAAGGCGACAGCUAUCGGCAAGAGUGCGACUUCGGCCAAGACAUUCCUGGAGAAGCGGUACACGGAGGGUCUGGAAUUGGAGGAUGCGGUGCACAUUGCACUGCUGACGCUCAAAGAGACAAUCGAGGGUGAGAUGAACGGGGAUACUAUUGAGAUUGGAAUCGUUGGACCCCCAGCAGACCAUCUUCUUGGAGUGGAGGGUGUUGAGGGCGCAAAGGGCCCUCGUUUCCGAAAACUGAGUCCCCAGGAGAUUGAGGACUACCUGACGAACCUAUGAUUUGAUACCGCCUGAUGCCACGCGGACGUUACGACUGUACCAUAGAACAGAUGCAUAGAUGGCAAAUGCAACGGAACAUGAUGCC